GUGUACUUGCUUUGAGAUUGCCGCAUCGUGGCCGUGUGGCUAUAUAAGGAGCCCUCACGCGAUUAUGAAAGACGAGGUGCUUUUUUUUCGUCUUCUUCUUCUCGAAUCGUAUGAUAGUUUUGCGCAGGAUCUCAUAGAUCGUCUCCUCCUUCUUUUCGAUGCUGUUCCCUCUGGCUCCAAUUUGGGGUUAAUAUGGAGGGAUUUAAUGACGAUAAUGAGGUAGAAGAUGGAAUCGAUCCAGAGAGAAGAUCGAGCAAAGGAAGCAAACCCUCAAGGUACGAGAAUUGGAUCCUUCCUCACUUUACUAGCGAAAUGCGGGACGUUGAGAGAAUUGGAGCGCGUACUCGCGCCGAUGAUCGUUAUCGGGCUUUUAAAGGAUCGGCCGGCGAUUCGCAAGGUGGUGAAAUUUUGUGCAAGUAGAUAUAUUGAGAAUUCGCAGUAUGCAUCUUCAUUGUUGAGGUAUCUUAAUGAUCCCCAUCCUUUUCUCUGGAACACUUUGAUCAGAAGUUUUGAGCAAACCCACAAGCCACGGGAUGCAAUUAAAUUGUAUAAAGAGAUGUUGUGUAGUUGUGUAUGCCCUGAUAAGUUCACCUUUCCUUUCGUGCUCAAAGCAUGUGCUAGUGAUUGGGCUCUUAAGGAAGGGGAACAGAUUCAUUGCCGAGUUGCAAAGAGCCCGUUGAGCAUGGAUUUGUUUGUCCAGGGUUCUUCAAUCUUUAUGUAUGCCAGUUGUGGGAGGAUGGGAUCGGCAAAAGCUGUGUUUGAUGCAAUGCUGUAUAGGAAUUUGAUCAGUUGGAAUAUGAUGAUCGAUGGGUAUGUUAAGAAUGGUAACAUUGGUGCUGCAUUGAAAGUGUUUGAUACAAUGCCUAAACGUGAUUUGUUCUCCUGGAAUUUGAUGAUUGAUGGGCUUUCGAAAGAUCACCAGAUUGAAUUUGCUAGGCAGUUGUUUGAUAAAAUGCCUGAGAGGGACGUUAUUGCAUGGAACUCGAUGAUUGAUGGCUAUGCAAAAUGUGGGAAUAUGAAAGUUGCAAAGGAGUUGUUUGAUCAGGUUCCAUUUAAAGAUGAAGUCACUUGGGGCAUCAUGAUUAAUGGGUAUGCUAACUCUAAUCAGAUAGGACUUGCUCACUGUUGGUUUGAGAAAAUGCCGAAUAAGAAUUUAAUAACUUGGAAUUGCUUGCUUGGUGGGUAUGCUAAAUGUGGUGAUGUUAGGGCAGCACACCAGUUAUUUAAUUCAAUGCCUUUUAGAAAUUUGACUUCUUGGAAUACCAUGCUUGACGCCUAUGCAAAGCAUGGAAAGAUGGAACUUGCGUUCCAAUUGUUCAAUCUAAUGCCACUUAAGGAUGUUGUUUCUUGGAAUAUUUUAAUUGACGGACAUAAUAAAAUAGGAAAUGUGCAAUUAGCACAGGAGCUUUUUGACAUCAUGCCAUAUAGGGAUGUGGUCUCUUGGAAUCUAAUGCUUUCGGGCUACAAAGAAAAUGGACUGUUAAAAAAGGCAGUUGAUUUGUUUUUCCACAUGCACUUGCUAGGAGAAAAACCUGAUUGCUUUACUUUAGCUAUUGUUCUUUCUGCUAUAGCCGAUUUAGGCCUUAUCGUUCAAGGUAGAUGGGUUCAUGCUUAUGCUGAGAGGAGCAAGUUUUCAUUGGAUGGUAAUAUCGGUGUUUCUCUCAUAGACAUGUACUCCAAGUGUGGGUAUGUUGACCUUGCAUUGAAUAUCUUUGACAAUAUUCAACUCCGAAAUAUAGAUCAUUGGAAUGCAAUGAUAUCGGGGCUUGCAAUACAUGGAUAUGGGCAUAAUGCUGUCUCUUUGUUUGAAGGUAUGAAGAAAUCAACGGUAAAACCAGAUGAUAUAACAUUUAUUGGGGUUUUGAGUGCUUGCAGUCAUGCAGGCUUAGUAUACGAGGGCUAUCAAUAUUUUAAGCUUAUGAGCAUGAAAUAUGGUAUAAUUCCAAAGAUCCAACACUAUGGUUGUAUGGUGGACCUUCUGGGCCGCGCAGGGUUUCUAGAAGCUGCAGUUGCAAUAGUGAACUCUAUGCCGAUGGCACCUAAUGAUGUUGUGUGGAGAGCGCUUCUUGGUGCUUCUAGAAGCCAUGGGAACCUCGAAAUUGCUGAGCAGGCAGCGAGGCGACUUAUCAACAUGGUACCACAUGACAGCAGUUCUUUCGUACUACUCUCUAAUAUAUAUGUGUAUAAAGGUCAGUUCAAAAGUGCUAGGGAUGUGUGGAAGAUUAUGAAGGAGAAUGGGGUGUUGAAGAACCCUGGUUUGAGUUAUAUUGAGUUAAAUGGUUUCCUCCAUGAGUUUUCUGCUGGAGACACUUCACAUCCUCAGACAAUGGAGAUAUAUCUUAUCCUGAAAUGCAUGAUACCAGCAUUGAUGUUAGCAGGUCAUGUACCGGGUGUAAAGCAAACACUUUUUGAUGCUGCGGAAUAGAAAAUUUUCUUUGUCUUUGUCAUGCUUGAGUUAUUACACCAUUUACACACAGUCAGUUCGUUGGAGACAUCUUUUGCUACUGUUUGUGUCAGAAAAAUUGGGUAUCAUCGUGAUCUUCAAACAAAGGAAAAAGCGGUAGAGAUGAUGAAGGGACCUAUCUCUUGGUUUCUGAAUGACAGAAGGUUUUCCAUGGAAGAUGCUGUAACCAACAUGAGUAAAGCCAUUCUAGAUAAACUGCAUAUUAAGCUCCUUAAAAGGCUUAUAAUCAAACUAUAAUGUACCUUCUACUACAAGAUUUCGUGACGCUCAAUUAGCUUAGGACUUACUGUUUUGUCACAGAUGGAGCAAAAUUGAAGUUCUACAUGUGGCUUCCAAUCAUUUUCUUGGAGAUUUAGAAAGUGAUCAACAACAAAUAGGCAAAGGAGAACUGCCAAAAAGAUGAGCAGCUGAGGCAAGCAAUAAUACAUAUUAUGUAUUCAAGGGAGGCUUCGCAAAACAGAAACUGCUUAGCCUUGCCAUAGAUUUAGUACACUCUAAUCCUCUCUUGAAGCCUUCGUGCGGAGGAUGUGAGGAAGGUGCUAAGGCCAGAUUGACUCCGGAGUUUAUCAGUGAAUAUGCGUUUCUAAACAAGUAAACAUAUGCGUUUCUGAAGGGCUUGGAAAAAUUCGAAAACACUUUGGAACUAACUUCUUCUAAUGCUAUUAAAUGGCAACGGAAACCGCCAUAGGCACUUCCCAUUACCAUUUUACAUAGCAUUGUAAGAGCAGAAGUACAAAGCGGUUUCAAAUAUUGUUAGUUUCUGAAAGCAUGAAAAUGGAUGUGCGAGGGAUGUAAGCAACUGAGUAAGGAGGUAGAAGAACAUUGUGGGCUGCAUAAGCUGGGCAUGCAGAAAGCAGAGGCACGGAUUUCAGGGCAUGCAGUUGCUAAGAGACUACCCAGAUGCGACAGCUUUAUGCUUCAAAGCCAAAUAUGGAGUUAUGCAUUCUGAGGAACUUGAUCAUGUGCGACGGAGUUUAUGAGACCAUUAUUAUUCCUGUUGUAACAAUUGUGUGCUGCAUGUCACAAUUUAUUCUGCUUUACAAGUUACAACAAUCAGCCGCACCUGCAUUACAGGGGGGUGGUAGUGUGGGGGACUGGGGGGCAGGCUCCAAAGCAAUAUUUGGGUAUUUUGGAAGCUUCGGAGCAAUAAAGUGGUUACUUUUGGUGAAUAAAUUCCCAUACUAAGCCUCAAAUGGCUGCAAUAGUCAGGUCAAGAUGGCCUUCUGGUCAGGUUUCUCCUUACGAUUUGAGCAGGUCAACAACCAAUACCAAUCAGGCUAUGCUGAACGAUGAGGUCAAGAAUUCAUGAGCAGUAAGUAUUUGGACUCUUUAUACUCAAUUGCCUGGAGUUCAGACUUUCAGCAGUUUUGGCCAUGAAUGUAUGACAGAAAGGGCGGAGAGUUACUCACUGCGUUAGAAUCUUGAGAGCAGUAAAGCGCGUAAACUUUCUCGCAAAGAGGAAGUAGGAGGCUGGUCUUCCUUUGCUUGUGCACCGUUGCCUCCUGAAACAGAAUGCAAAGAGAGUCACCACUGUCGAUCAACAGGAGACAACCUGAUUCACUAUAGCCUGAAAUAAUCAUUACCAUAUAUACUAAAUGUAUCUAAGUAAAUCAAAUUUCUUAGAUUGAUCAGAUAAGCGUACAUUGGAAGUUGCAAAGCUCUUUCACUUACAUGUGCCAAGGAUUUGUAAUUUAUAACUACAGUGUAGCUUGAUCUGUUCUAUAGCACGAAAAUGCCCCCCUUUGCUGUCAAA